CUGGCGAGCCGCUAGACUCAUUUACACCACUAUGAGUCCAAAUGUGCACUUGGUCUUGGGAUAAUGCCUGCAAAUUCUUUGAAGCGCAACCUGGCUACGUACGUCCUUGUGGAUAUUUGAAUCCUUUCCUGGGUACUGUUUGAUCUUUAAACAAAUCUACGUUCAGAACUUUGGGAGCGCUCAACUGUUCUUUCAAGAAAAAGUCAAUUCAAGGACCAAGGCAGUAAGGCGUGUACAGCUAUGGCUGCUUCAACCGGAUUGGGGCUACCCUGGACAUCGAAUUUGACCCUCAACCGUAUGUCAACUUUGGUGGCGCCACCAUCCUGUCGUCGUCGUCGGAUUUCCUCUUCUAUUCCAUCCGCCGCCACCAGAAUGGCGGUGUCAUCAGUUCAUGAGAAGCAGAAAACUUUUACACUACAGAAAUCUGAGGAAGCUUUCAAUAAAGCGAAGGAGUUGAUGCCCGGAGGUGUAAAUUCGCCUGUACGCGCUUUCAAAUCUGUUGGUGGGCAGCCUAUUUUGAUUGAUUCUGUGAAGGGCUCGUAUAUGUGGGACAUAGAUGGAAAUAAAUAUAUCGACUAUGUAGGUUCUUGGGGACCAGCGAUCAUUGGCCAUGCAGAUGAUGAGGUACUGGCAGCAUUGGGUGAAACAAUGAAGAAGGGAACAAGCUUUGGUGCUCCCUGUCUUCUCGAGAACACAUUGGCGGAGAUGGUCAUUGAUGCUGUUCCAUGCAUAGAAAUGGUUCGAUUUGUUAACUCAGGGACAGAGGCUUGCAUGGGUGUGCUGAGACUUGCUCGUGCUUUCACUGGGCGAGAAAAGCUAAUCAAAUUUGAGGGGUGUUACCACGGGCAUGCGGAUCCAUUUCUUGUUAAAGCAGGCAGUGGGGUUGCCACCUUAGGGCUUCCUGACUCCCCUGGAGUUCCCAAAGCAGCCACUUCUGAAACGCUCACUGCCCCAUAUAAUGACAUUUCAGCAGUAGAAAGCCUCUUUCAGGCCAACAAAGGGGAAAUUGCAGCCGUUAUCCUGGAACCCGUAGUUGGAAAUUCUGGGUUCAUUCAGCCCAAGCCUGAUUUCCUCAAUGCACUGCGCAGUUUGUCGAAAGACAACGGUGCCCUCCUCAUAUUUGAUGAAGUUAUGACCGGGUUCCGCUUGUCAUACGGUGGAGCCCAGGAGUACUUCGGCAUAACUCCUGAUUUGACAACACUUGGCAAGAUCAUUG